UCUUUCUCUACGAAACUAGAGAUAAUAUUCCACCAUGAAAAUAUAAGAAUAAAAGUUUCUCAAAGGUACAUACCAACCAACUUUGACCUUUCCUGGUUGUCUCUCUCCCCUUCUCUUGGAAUCAUCGUUUCAACUGUAAUUUCUCCAGGUUUCUUAGUGAUUGUCUCUUCCUUACAAUCUCAUCCCACUUUGUACUAGGCGAUUUAUACGAUGACCUCCUACAGCAAAGUCCAUGUUGAUCAGUAAACGUUUGUUGAGAGCAUUAAUGUUUCCGUGAAUUGAGAUAUACAGGUUUCAUCAAUGGAGGACAACAACAACAUAGGAGAUUCAUGUUCGUAUUGGUCAUGACAAUUUUAAGCUGACUGUGAAGCUACCUAACGCAACCCCUCCUCCUUCAACAGGGCUUGAAACAGACUGUGUAAAGAAACAAACACAGGCGGAGUUCGAGAAAUUGCAGGAAGAGGCAUUUUACUAAUUGUGGCAUGGACGGUAUAUAUUUAUUCUGAGUUAUGGAUAAAGAGAACAGAAAAUCAAGAACAAGGAGGUUUCGGAGGUGGUUUAGGAGGAAGCACAAGAAAGCUGAUCCAUUUCAACUGAGUGAAGUUUCAGAUGAGGGUGAAGAUGACGGUGAUGACAGCAUGGACGGUCAUUUCUUUCCGUCCAUGGAGAUGGAUCCAUGCAUUUUAACCAAUGAACUAAGAGUAUUUGUGGGUACUUGGAAUGUCGCGGGAAGAUCACCCAUUGGGAGUUUGGCUGUAGAUUUAGACGAGUGGCUUAAUCUUAAAGAUGCUGCUGACAUUUAUGUUCUUGGAUUUCAAGAGAUUGUCCCUUUGAAGCCUAUAAAUGUCGUCGGAGCAGAAGAUCCGACGGAGGCAACAAACUGGAACCAGCUUAUUGGGAAAACUCUGAACAACAAAUAUGGGUGCCCUUGGUUAACACCCAUGUUAAAUCCAAUCACAAGUGAUGACUAUCAUUAUGUAGGAGCUGCUGACCCUAAAAGAAGAUUUAGUAUGAGCAGCGGACCUGCUGCGACUCCAGCGAGAGGUAGGCCAAGCAUUCAAUACGAAGAGCCAAGUCGGAGCAGUGCGUACAAGCUCAUGGCAAGUAAGAAGAUGGUUGGAGUGUUCAUAAGCGUGUGGAUGAAGAGGGAAUUGCUCAGGAGGUACAGCGUAUCAAGUGUGAAAGUUUGUUCAGUGGCUUGUGGGAUAAUGGGUUAUUUGGGAAACAAAGGUUCAGUUUCGGUUAGUAUGUCUAUUGAAGGAACUAGUUUUUGCUUCAUUGCUGCCCACUUAGCUUCUGGUGAGAAGAAAGGCGAUGAGGUGCGAAGAAAUCACCAAGUUUCAGAGAUUUUUAAGCGGACUUCUUUCCCUCGACACCCUCGAGAUGGUUUUAAUCCUCAUCCCCUCACCAUCCUAGGACAUGAUCAGAUAUUCUGGUUCGGGGAUCUCAACUAUAGGUUAUAUUUGGAAGACAACUUAGCGAGGCAGCUGAUAAAGCAGAAAAACUGGAAAGCACUGAAAGAGUUUGAUCAGCUCCGAAAGGAACUAGAAGAUGGUGGGGUAUUCCAAGGCUGGAGAGAGGGAGACAUAGAAUUUGCACCGACCUACAAGUACUCUUCAACGAAUUGCAAUCGCUAUUCGGGUGGUCUUCAUAGCAGAACAGGAGAGAAACAAAGAACUCCAGCAUGGUGUGACCGGAUUCUGUGGUACGGAAAAGGAGUGAAGCAACUUUCCUAUUUCCGUAGUGAGAGUAAGUUCUCCGAUCAUAGGCCUGUCUCUGCCCUUUUCGCCAUACAAAUUGAAGUCCUGAAGCCUACCAAUCAAACAAUUGUCGCACUCCAACCGAUUGUUCCACUCCAACCGAUUGUUCCUACCAUAACUCCAAAUCAAACUGAACAGGACAAGGUUGAUGAAGAGACCACAUCUACAUUAUUAUCAUUGAUUGUAAAGGACAGAAAAGCAUCGCCAAGGAACAAGCAACAAAAGUUAAUCGAAUAGACGAUGAUAUCACUUGUAUUGGUGCAGGCUAGAUUUGUGGUAUAUAUUUUUCGCAAUCUUCUUCCUUUCUCUUCUCUAUGUUUUCCACCCCUAUACCAUUUUUCCUUACAACUUAGUGACAUAUGUAGAUUACAGUGGGAAAGUAAAGUUGGUAAUAAAGCAAAUGAAAUUAACAUUUUUUAA